CGAUCUAAACGGCAACCUUCGCGCGUGCGCCAGAGGUGUCUUCGAUGGCCCGUAUAAAGGAGGCGUCUCAGUUGGGGCUGGGUUGCUGGCGCAGGCGUAGUGAGAGCUGGCUGGGGCGGAGGAGGAAGUGAGGUUAGCAUUUCGGCUGUGGAGCCAUUCAGGAGCUGGGUUCCUGCUUCUCGGUUCUCGGAGGGCGGCUGCCGGGGAGAAGGGCUGCCUACGGCGUUCCUCCGCUUUGCCCAGCAGGCCUGUGACUACUUGCUUAUUUGGAAGUUUGGUUUUCCCUGCCUAUAUCAUGAGCCCAGCUGAUACCAAGCGUUGUGGGACCAAGCGUCGGAAAAAUAAAAAAGGUAGUGGCCUUGGUCCAUCAAAUCUAGCUGGAGUCUUCGAGGUCAAAUCUGUAGGACCAUCUUCCAUUAUUGUCCCCUCCUGCUCCUCUUUCUCCUCCUCAACCCCAUCUACUUCUACUAUAGCCUUCUUGCAGCCUCCCACCACCAACACAGCUUCUUCCAGUACUGAAAAUGGUCUUCUGGCAGCAGCUGCCACAGCUACCCCGUUGAUUCCUAGUGAAGCAGUGAAGAAGGCCGAGUUUCAGAAAAAGCGCUGCGGAGGAACAAUUAAUUCUAGACAAACUCGCAAAAGAAAUAGAAUUAGUAACUCAGGUCCUGAAACAGCUUCACAAGAACCAAUUGAUCUUGAAGUUAAUACUUGUGAAGAAGUAGUAGACCUUACUUCUGAGACUUCAGAACCAAUUGUAGUUGAUCUGACGCACAAUGAUUCUGUUGUGAUUGUUGAAGAAAAUGUUUGUCAACAACAAAAUCAAGAAUUAAGAAGUCAGCAACUCCCUGACAGUUGUAUAUUAAGUAGCGAUGAUGAUGAACCAAGAGAUGAAGUGAUUCUAACUAGCACAUUGCCUAAAGAAUUGGAAUUAUUGGAAGAGGGUAUUUCAAGUUCACACCGUUCAGGUACUGUGAGCUGCCCAAUUUGCAUGGAUGGCUAUUCAGAGAUUAUUCAGAAUGGACGGCUCAUCGUAUCAACGAAGUGUGGUCAUGUCUUCUGUAGCCAGUGCCUCCGUGAUUCCCUAAGAAAUGCUAAUUCUUGCCCAACUUGUAGGAAGAAACUUGGCUACAAACAGUAUCAUCCAAUUUAUAUAUGAAGCUUAGAUCCUUCUCCAAAGAAUCUAAAUUGAACUCUUCUGAAUGCUUCAUAAACAUAUAUUUUCAGCAAACAAUAGAGUAUUAUCGUUGCUCAGAUGUGACAGUUAAUGUGCAGACCAUUAUGGAGUUUUAUCGGUACAUGAGCUUGUAUUUUGUUCAGUUAAUCAUAUGAAGUUGACUUUACAGUCCAUCAAAGUAUGUAGAUGUUUGAAGGACAGUUAGUUACAAUGAAAGCAAAUUGGUAUUGCCAUGCUGUUUUUGAAGAAUUUGAAUUACACCUCUACAAGAUACGUUUUUGACUUCAGAUGACAGGAUGAAAAUCUGUUUUAAUUUGUCCAAGGUACAAGGCAUGCUUAUGAUAAUGUGAGUAACAGCAGCCAGUUAGUAACCCUGCAUUUUUCUUUUUGCAUUUCAUUCUCAAAAAAUUGAACCCACGUUUGUCUCCUGAUGAUAUUCUACCUUUUGUGUGAACUUCUGCAUUUCCAAGGAAUACUAUAUUUUGUAGCCAGGGUACACCGCAUUUCUAACAUCAAAAUGUUUAAAUGUUUUAUUUGAAAGCAUUUUUGGAAGACAGAUUAGUAGGACCAUAACUGUAGAAAAUUUUUGACUAUAAUCAGAAAGAAAUAUUUUCUGUAUGCACCUAACUUACAAAAGAAUAAGUUGAAACCUCCUAUUUAUCACUAUCUCAGAACAAGAUAAAGAGAAACCUGAGUUCUGGCAUAAGAAGUUUACAGUACAAACAUUUGAUAGGGUGAAGAUAAUGAAAGCUAUCUUUAAGUAAAUACAUUUUCAUAAUGGUGUACUGAUUACCUGAUAAUUUUAAUAAUUAUACAUUGCUAAAACUUAACUAAUAGGUUUGAGUUGCCCAGUUAUUUUUAAUAAUUUGGGAGGUUGAUUUCUGAAGUCCUAAUGGUUAAUUCAUUUCUCUUUAUAUAGUCAUGCAGUGCAGAUUGAACAUUUUUAAUGCCCAUAUUGUCAUUUCUUUUUUCCAAAUAGGUGCAUUUUGAAAAAAUUAAGAAAAUCCUUAUUAGCCUGGUUGCCAUUGACAAAUGAUGAGAAUGGUAUAGCAUGAAAUAUGCAACAAUAAGUUUACUAUUAAGAAUUUUUGUAAGUGCUUCUUUUUUAUAUAUUUUUGCUGUAUGCUGAUGAAAAUAGUAGAACUUGUAUCUGCAUAAGCAGAAGGAAAUUAGGUGUGCAGUCUGGAUAAGCAAUUUAAGUUCGAUUAUCUAUGUUACUGAUGCUUAUUGUAUAACCAUGAAGGUUUUUCUUAGCAGCUAUCUUUUAAAUAUAAUUUAUAAUUACAAAGCAUCACAAAUAUGUAACAUAGAAACAAUCUCUCUGCAGUAUUAGGAAUUUCAAUAGAAUAUUGAAUAUUUUUUCCAUUUUUAGAAUGUUGAAAAUAUUAUGGAUUCUCCUAUCCAUUUAUAUUAGGACACUGAAAAUUAGAAGUGUGUAUAAAUCAGGAAGAACGUUUUGUUUCAAACACAGAACAAAACCAUUCCAUUCUAGAGGUUCUGCCAAACCUCAUUGAGCCCUUCACAGUUCAGCUUUAGCUUUAGCUGUUCUAGGUUUUGGAUGAAAUCGGAAUAGGGUGAGACUGGUACAUCUCUCUCCCAUCUCUCUCCCCUGCAGCUCAGUAAAGGACAAAUAAAAGUCUGUAUUUUUUUCCUGUCAAGUAGCCUUGCUGAUAUUCCAGGAUGGCAUGUCCUGAUGCCCUGUUUGCCCCCUGAUCUUUCCAGGAUCUUCCCUCCCUCCUCUCAGCCACCACUGCUAAUGUUCCAGCAAGGCACAGGCCCACCUGCCUCCUGGAUUUCCCAGCACCUUCUCUCCGUAUCUCCUCUCAGCUGCUAAUCUCCUUGGCUUUUUCCCCACUUGAAACCACUUCUGCUCAGAACAGAGCAGCCCCAUUUCUUUUUGUCUACAUGACAAAACAUCAAAAACAAGCAUGUCUCAGUUCAGACCUGGACUCCCCAAAACCAGCAGUUUCAGGCAUGGAAUGAUUUGCACAUCCCUAGUAAAAAUGUAAAACCCUAUUUGGAAUUUCUUCUGGGUGUUAAGAGGCCUGCUUAUCCAUGAGCAAUUCCCACAUGCUUAGAGGUUGCUAUAUAAUCAACUGUAUCCAUGUAAUUGGUUCAUUUAGAUGCAAUAAGAGCUAUUUACUGAAAUCAUUUUCUAAUACAAUUUUCAGCAUGGUUUUUACAUUAUUCCAAUCCAGUUAUACGUGUUAUAAUUUUCACUAUCCUGGGAACACUUUUUGUUUCCUGUAUUGGGGUUCUUGUAAAUAUAAAAUUUAGCUCACAUGAGUAUUUGUGAAUCAUCUCUAGGCAACUGGAAUAACCCAUGCCAGUUAAAAAUCUAGAACCACUUUAAAAAAGUAAGGUUGGAAUCUGUCUAUUGCUUUUGAAUGGAAUAGAGAUUGCUUUUGAUUAUAUAUGAUAGGAUCAGAAUUCAAAUAAAUUUAAUUGCUUAACUGCACAAUUUGUUCAUAUUAUUCUAUUAUAAUUUGUCAUUAAUUCAAGUCUGCUUUGAUCUGGAGUAUUUACCCCCUUUUCUUGCUAGCUUUUGAGAGUUCUGCUAGUUAGCAAGUACAUCAACUGUAGCAUUAGAUAUUAAAUAAGUUUUGGCUGUAUUUUAAUGUACUGUUAGACCAUUAUAGUUGAAGGCUUUUGCUUCUGUUUUUUUCCAAAAUCACAGUCUUUUUGCUAGGGAAGGGAAAGUGCACAAAUUUUGAUUAAACAUGAUUAACGUUACAUCCUAACCAUUUUUAGCAUUUACAAAAUAAAAUCUAAACACCAUUCUGAAUUUGUUUUCAAGGCAAGUGAUAUUGGUUUAUACAAAUAUACAUAAUUUUAAGAACCAAUGGACAAAUAUCUGUAUUCUCUUCCAUCUAUAAAUGUGUAGAAUCCAUGCUUUUUACUUAUUUAUAUGUAUCUAUAUCUCUGUAUCAUGUUUGUGUUAGCACAUUAGACCAAUUUUAUUGCAGUUAAAAGUAAAGCUUUUUAUGUACUUUUCACACAUGUAUUAUGCAAGAAUAUAUAUAGGGAGAAUUGGGAUAUUUAAUGGUACAGGUCUAUAUAUAAAGAACAUGGUAAGAUUGCUUACUGAUGACCAAUUAUUGUACUGAACAUCAGAAUUUGAAUAAAUGCACACCACAAAAAGAAUCUUGGCUAAUUGAGGAAAUAAGUUUUUAUAAGAACUCGGCCAGUUUCUGAGAUAGGCCUUUGAUGGGGUUUAAUUCGCAUAGAUACAACUCAGGAUCUAAAGGCUUCUUUGUACAUGAUGGGUUUAAGGUCAAGUUACCAGCUCAAGCAGACAAGGCUCAAAAUCUCAGAAGUAGGAAAAGAAGGUAAGCUGGUACAUCAAACUACUUCAGUAGUGUAGGUUGUAAAGUACUUGAUGUAUGAAUAUAUUAACAUCUGAGAAGGUUGCAGUAGACUUAAAAAUCACUGUAAUAAGUGUUUGGUCACCAAGUUUCAAAAUUCCAAGAAGUUGUUAAACUUGGAUAUAAUACAUAGAAUAGUGGAUCAGCAUUUGGUUUUUAAUAACUUUAUACCUUUGAAAUGACCAUCGACUCUGAGUUUGUGAAUUAUUGUUUAGUAAUCAUCUUUAAUUGCAGUAUUCAUUACUCUCAGCUGUGUUCACUGGAAAGGUUCCUUGGUAUAGAGCAAUUCUGUAUGAAUCUACUCAGCACUCAGCCCCACUAAACUCAGUUGAGCUUUCUCCCAUCUAAAUAUUAGCUAGGUAACCAAAAACAGCCUGCCUUAUGCUAGUGCCACCUAACUGUCUUUCAUUACCCCAUUGUCUCCUACCUGUGUUGUCCCCUUGGUACAUGCUGGAGAUUACAACUGCAUGUCUAUUAAAAGACAUGCAUUAAACAAAUACUGUCUUUUUGAAAGUGCCAGUUCAUUCAAUUUCUACUCCUUCGGUUUAUCAUAACUUUUAAAUCAAGA